GGAGGCAGAGGAGGAUGUCCCACAGACUGACAUGUCAGAACAGUGUGAUUGCUGCUUUUGUUCGAACAAUUGAGUCCAAGUGAUUCAGAAUAAACCUAAUUGGACUGCAUGACUUUGGAGUCGAAAAACAAAAUCGAUCGGGUCUCUAUAUCCGAUCAAUUCACCAGCAUCUGUUCCAUUAUACAUGUUUUUGCACUUUUGGUGGGUCAUGCAGCAGGAGGAACUCCGUCUCGGCUAAAUGGCCACAUCAACGGGUCAUUGGGGAUCACACGGACGGCCAUUAGCCGGACAGCCCUUGAUAGGUGUGGAGAGCAUCAAAGGCACGCGUUUGCAAGACUCUCCAAUAUCCACUAAGAUAUGCACGAUAGGGAGGGGUUUGUAUGUGUGAUGGUGGUGCUGGGGGGUCAUUUUGUGUUUGUCAAGCAAAGUAUAAAAUCCUCGGGUACCCUCAGAGUUCACUAGAGCCGAGGACUUACUGGAGUCAACACUUCUCUGCUUUUGUUUGGAUCAGAAGGAUGGCAUACGGAUUGGAUUCUACUGACCUGAACAUGUUUUUCUCUUCUGAACAAUACUGGAGCACUUCCUACAACCUGGAUGAGGGCAACAACGACUAUUACGCACGGGUCUCCAACCCAGGUGAGUGUCAGGACAACCCAAUACAUUAUGUUGUUGUAAACUAGAGACAUUUUUCUAUUCAAAUCCAAGGCAAAAUGUAACAUUUGUUUAUUUCUCUCUCUACAGUGCAUCAAAUCGCUCCCCAGAGGAUGCGCCCUGAACCAAACCGUCGCCGAAAGCGCACCGCUUUUACCAAGGGGCAGCUGAGUGAGCUGGAGAGGGCUUUCUCUGUCACACAGUAUCCAGACAUUAAAACGAAGGAGACACUUGCUUCAAUAACUGGGCUACCGGAGUCAAAGAUUCAGGUAUGACAUUCUCUCCACACAUUAAAGAUAAUCAUCAAAACGUUCUGUGCGCAAUUUGACCGUAAAUGAUAUCCCCAUACUAGGCUUCAGGUUAAUAAUAUCUAUAUUUUUCGACAGGUUUGGUUUCAAAACCGACGUGCACGCCAUUUCAAGAGCAAGAAACCCAACAGAGAGGUGUCCAGACCCUUCACAGACCCCUUUCACCCUCCGUGCCCCCAGUUGCUCCCUCCUUUCUCACCUUUUGCCAGCUUACCGUCUCCACCAGGAUAUCCUGCUCCGAGUUUACCCGAAUCCACCAGGCUCUCAUCCAUCCUGGACCAUCAGACCAUGUCCAUGCCCACUGAGACUCUAUCCUCUCCCACAGCCCACCAAGCUACAGACUUCUCAGUUUUUCCCACUCGAGUCCCUCUGGAUCAGAACACAGAUUUCCCUCCCUUCUGCCACGAUGUGUUUACGCACGGUGAACUUUCUUCUUGGGAUCUGGCGGCAGACUUGGAGGCUUUCCUCGGAGACGCUCCAGAACCUCAGCCCGAAGGUACCCGCUGUGGUUCUGUUAGUCAGUCCGGAACCACAGAGGACACCCAGACCUCGCUGUACCGACAGAGCUUCUCCGGAUCUACCAACGAGUCCGUGGACGACCUGUCCGAUCUGUGCUUUCCGGAACAUGGCGACUUCAGCUUGACAGAUUUGGACAUUUCAGCAGCAAUGAUUGAUUAUAUUCUGAGCUGACCGACAAAAGCAAACAAUCAGUGAAUGUUAGGGGAAGAUUUGGUUAUUUAUAAGAAUGUUUGGUAAAUUGUAAUAUUGUCUCGGAAGGGGAAACUUCUCUUGGUUAAGCGGGGAUAAGUUAUUAACGCACUGUAAAGUAUGGCAUUAACAUUAAAAAGAAACAUCUAUUGAGAAAUAC